AUGGAGACAUCUUCAUCAGAAACUCCUGGAGUUUCUGUUCCAAAUGCUGGCUCGGCAGACCCGGCUUCUUCUGUCCCGCAAAGACGGGGUAAAAGAACAGCUCGGGAUGCUGCCUUAGGACCGACACGAGAAGAAGACACUUCUCAGGGUUCACAGGAGCAAUCCUGUGCCAAAAGACAACGCUUUGAUCUUUCCACCAAGGGCUCCUGCAAAGCCCAUGACUCGGCCUGCUGCUUUCUAACAAAGCUCCGUAAAAUUGUGGACAGCGACUGCUUCCAGUCCAUCUGGUGGGGCGACGAUGAGAACACCAUUGUGAUUGAGGAAACCCUCUUCAAAACAGAAGUGCUGGGAAGGACAGGACCUCUACACAACCUCAGCAUCGGCUGCAUGAAAGCCUUCGUUCGUCAGCUCCACCUGCACGGCUUCUUCAUUGUGGACAGCGAUUUGCCCACAGCUGCCUCUCGGGCAAAACGCCCAGCAGGCGCAGCCGCGUCUGUUUGCAGUGAGUUGCUCUGCUACUACAACCCCAGUUUCAAGAAAGAGUACCCAUGUCUGCAGAAAUGGUUCAAGCGGAGCGCUGGCGUACGAAGGAGAGCAUCAGCUGCAUUCCCACCAGAGCUGGAUUUCGAGGAGGGCCCCGUGAGCAGCCCUCCGAACAGACGGUGA